AUGCGUCUCCAUCCCUUGAUAAUCGUCCCAUUUGUCAAAUUUGUGGUGUGGUAUGCAGACAGUGGGGCUAAUGCUCAUAUUACUAGUAAUACGGCAAAUCUCACCGACUCGCAACCCUAUGAAGGAGAAGAAACAAUCCCUAUGAAGGAGAAGAAACAAUCACGGUUGGAAAUGGCUCAGGAAUGCAUCUUUAUCGGCUAUGCUAGUCAACGAGGCUAUCGAUGUCUUGACUAUUGUACUGGCCGUGUAUAUGUGUCGCGUAGUGUCAUUUUCAAUGAACAACUUUUCCCUGCAAAACGUGGAGUCCUGUCUUCGCUUGCCUUGCUGAGUACACUUUCCCCAGGUAUAUCUCCUUCUACUUCAUUUCUUCCCCUCUCUACCUUUUCUAAUUCUUCUCCAACAUCCACAACCGAAUCGCUCCCUCUUCCCCAACCAUCAACCAUCCCUGAAACCGAAUCGGUCCCAUUUCCGCACUCUCCAACAAUUGACAACCCAAAUAUUGCCACUUCCCAAGAAAUUAGCAGUCCACCCACUCUACCGAACCCUCAAUCUGCCAUUGAAAUUUCCACACCAUCGAUUCCCUCUGCCCUCACAUCUGCAACCGAAAUCCCCACACUAUCGAUUUCAAUCCACCCACCAACUCAAACCACCAACUCCAUCAACCAAGCAAAUGACCCACGCAGAAAGUUACAAGCUUAUUGUGACUCCGAUUGGGCGGGCAAUCCCGAUGACCGUAGAAGCACAACAGGCUAUGGCAUCUUUUUAGGACAAAACCUCAUCACAUGGACAGCAAAGAAACAACCAAUAGUCUCCAAGAGUAGCACAGAAGCAGAGUAUCGAAGCUUGGCCAUCGCUACUGCUGACAUAUACUGGAUCCGAAUGCUCAUGAAAGAACUGGGACUGCUUCUACCUUCAACUCCAACAAUCUGGUGUGACAACAUUGGAGCUAUUGCCUUGGCAUCUAAUCUGGUAUUUCAUGCUCGAACCAAACAUAUUGAGGUAGACUACCACUUCAUCAGAGAAAAAGUCCUAAACAAAGACAUUCAAGUGAAACACAUCUCUACACAAGAUCAGGUUGCAGAUCUAUUCACCAAAGGUCAAACAGCUCCGAGAUUCACUUUCUUAAGGUCCAAACUAAUGGUGAUUUUGCUCCCCAUCACUUUGAGGGGGGGUGUUAGACCAAGUAUUCCUCAACCUUCCAAAAGUGCUUCUGCAACCAAUCCUCUCCAGAAUCAGCGUGAAUCACAACCUUCCAAAACUGCUCCUGCAAUUAAUCUCCUCCAGAAUCAGCAUGCAUCAGAACCUUAA